UACACCCUAUACUUAUUUCUGACGUCACAGAUCACCUCAUUGUAAUCUGCCUUUUGAUUCGUCGAUUAAAAUGUCAUGAUUAUUCGAUUUUUCCAAUGAUUUAGUUUUGUAAUUUUGUAAACAGAAAAAAAGAAAAAUUAUAUAGGAAUGGACGAAGAUUUACCGAAUUUUUCGUCUCAAGACGAUUUCAGUCAAAUUCCCGAUCUCUCUGGAAUAGAUGACCUAUUAAACCACUGUGAAAAUGAUUUAUUAUUGAAAAGUGAAUUAUUCGGGGACGAGUCUUUGUUGGACAUCGAGGAUAAUGUUUUAAUGGAUUUUUCUGACUUGCAGUCGAAUAAUAGUGUAACAGAUCAAGAUUAUUUACCCUCUUUUAGUAGUAAAUCCCUAUUCGAACCUCCUAUCUAUUCCAGCCCUCCUCUAAUAGAAAACAAUGUUAAAUUUACCAAUAUAUCUCCAAAACCUGAACCUAUCCUACCAGACGUUCAAAAUAUACAAAAUAUUCAAAUUAAAAACGUUUCCCUUCCUGUCCAAACUUCUAGUCCCAUUAUUAUAUCCUCUUCCAAUAAUCUGCAUACAAGGCAGCCGUCUGUAAUUUACACAACCGUGCCUAUUCAGAACCAGCAUAUCAUUUUGCAACAACAGGGGAAUAAAAGGGGUAGCAGCAAAAAUAAUGGCCCUGUUUUGGUGCAGAAUAUACAGCAGAUUCCUGUUGAGCAAAUGCAACCAGUUGUUUUGCAAGCUAAGAUUAUCAAGACUGAUGCACAGGUACUAUCUCCAACAGUAAUGUACACAACGACCGUAUCAAAUACGACAUCACAACCUUUCCAAACUCUUAUAAAUACGAAUGGUAUCCUGACAACUGGAAUUCCAUUGAUGCUAGAUGCGGACCAUAAGAUGGCCAUUAACCGUGUACAACCGCUAAAAGAACCCAAAGUUAAAGAAGUGAAAAGGAGCGCCCACAAUGCCAUCGAAAGGAAAUAUAGGACGAGCAUUAACGAUAAAAUCAUCGAAUUGAAGAAUAUGAUUGUCGGCGAAGAUGCUAAGUUAAAUAAGUCGGCCAUCUUGCGCCGCACGAUAGAAUACGUUCGUUUCCUACAAAACUCCAACACUCGUUUGAAGCAAGAAAACAUGGCGCUCAAAAUGUCCGCCAGGCAAAGCUCGCUCAAAGAUCUCCUCACCACCGGCGACUCCAAAUACCGGCCAGAAGACACUCCUCCUCAUUCGGAUCAUUCCUUCUCACCUGAACAUUCUCUACCCAGCAGUCCGGAAUAUUCCGCCACUCUCAAAGACGAUAGCGAGGAAGAAGAUAUGGUACCGACGCGUAAGGGAAUGCUUGACAGCUCCAGACUGACGUUGUGCAUGUUUAUGCUUGUUAUGAUGGCCGUUAAUCCGUUCAAAGUAGCUUUGGAUAAUUACGCCAACGUUGACGAUAGUAGGGGGUUAGGAAGAAGAGGAAUUUUGUGGACCGAACCUGCGUCUGUGUCUUUUUCACCUUCCACGUUGAUAUUGUGGUUCAUUAAUUUGGCGAUAUUGGCUUUUUGUUUGAUAAAAAUGUUCGUUUACGGAGAUCCCGUGAUACCUGCUAGAUCUAAAGAAUCUCAAAAAUUCUGGACGCACAGGAAACAGGCAGACGCGUUUUUGAAAAGGGGAGACAGAGUAGAAGCAAAACAGGAACUAUUACGCUGCAUACAAACGUACGGCAUAACUUUGCCUACUAGUCGAUUCGAACUGUUUUUGUCCUUCUUUUGGCAACUGUUUAGACAAGUAAUGCACCGCUUGUGGAUCGGUAGAUGGCUCUCACGCCACACCGGAGGCUUCUUCGUUGACGGAAUGACAAGAUUCGAAGCACAGACAUCCUGCAAAGAACUGGCUUUGGUUUACAAUGAUCUGCAUAAAACACAGCUGGUCAGUGGUACUGAUGAGACUUGUCAUUGGAUCGGUCUGACGACGUGCUUAAGUGCCUUAAAUUUGGCCGAGGCGGCGAAGGGGCGCAUCAAACCGAUGGAUAUGAUCGAUAUUUACGUGGGCGUCGCGUUAAGGAUCAAAGCUACUUUUCCAAAUUUCUUACACUUCAUACAAAGAUAUUACUUAGGUUUGGCGAAACUGUCGUCGUUAAACUCUUGCGAUUCGAUUCCAAAACGUUUACAAUGGUUGUUCACUCCCUAUGGUUACAAAUUCUUCAUAUCCCACAAAUUUACCAACGAUACAAAGAACAGGGACUUGCCUUUCAGUUGCGUGGGCGGUAGCGUAGAUCCGUUGGCCAUUCAGAUGAAGAAAUAUCGGGAACAUCUUUUGGAAAAAACGUUCCUGAUUUUAUUAGCGCCUGGUCAGAAGAGCGAAAAUGGACAAGAAAAGAGAACCGAUGUCAGCGACGCCCUUAUCUACAUCGAUUUACUUAGAGAUAAUGUCACUGUUGAUGCCAAAACAGUUUUUGGGGCUUCUUCCGAACAAAGUCAUCAAGACAAGGUAGCCCAAUGGUGGAUGACAUUUCUAUCAGUGGCUUGUCAUUGGUUGUUGGGCGAGCAGGAUAUCGAUCAUUUGUAUAAGAAAAUCGAAAUGAUUCCGGAACCAUUGGCGUCUUUGAACGAUUCCCUGCCCAAAUCCAUCGUCGCCGCCUUCGUAGCUAGAAGAGACUAUUUGAUGCCCAAUUCAAAGAAAAGUUCCAAGGAUGUUUUGUUGCAAUGUGAUUACGCCAGUCACUUGCUGGCGGACAGCUUGACGUUUACCAUUUGCAAGAAAAAAGACAAUAUGGUGUCUUUGGCUCAAUUGCUGGUGUGCGAUUGGCUAUUGGAAACCAGAACCUCACUUUGGGAGGAUUGUGUGGACAACGGUUUGAAAACGCCUGUUUCAAAUUGGGUUUUAUCCUCUUUCCAAGCCGAUUUGAUGUCUUUGAGAACUUUAGCCGAACACAUACCUAGCGCCUUAUCGAGAGUGUUUCUGUAUGAAGCUACGGCUAGAUUGAUGGCCGGAGCUGCUCCGGGAAGAACUCAACAGCUCUUAGAUAGAAGUUUGAGGCAGAGACAUGCCAAAUCGUCCAUUAUUUGCGGUAAAAGCGACAGGAAUCAGCAGGAUUUGAGUGGCGAAAGACAGCACGCGACUGCUUUGUAUAUGGCCUGCAAGCACCUUCCCGGUCCCUUGUUGUCUUCGCCUGGCGAGAGGGCCGGCAUGUUGGUGGAGGCUGCUAAAACUUUGGAGAAAAUAGGUGAUAAGAAGAGAUUGCAAGAUUGUUAUGCGUUUAUGAAAACUCUCGGUACUAAUGCCGUUAAUGUAUAAAUAUGUUGUAACUUUAGUCUUAGUGUUUUAAGAUGAAUUUUAUUUAUUUCUUUUUGAUAUGUAAAUAAAUGCAGAUAUUUUUUC